AUGGCUACAGUCAAAGAAAAGCCAAUUGUUUUGCACAUUGGAGAUCCUGUAAAAUGGAACCUCGAUUUAUAUGCUCAAUUUGCGAAGGACUUCACAAUCAUAAGACCUUCGACAGAAGAGCGUCAACGAGAUGAAUUUAUUAAAGCCCUGAAAGAGAACAGAUGGGGUAACUUUUCUGCUAUUUUCAGACCAUUUUGGAAUACUGGUGGUGAAAUGGGAAGAUGGGACGCGGAGCUUAUCCCUUUAAUACCGGAAUCGUGCCAGAUAUUUGCAUCUGCUGGGGCAGGGUUCGAUUGGGCUGAUGUUGAUCUUCUAGCAGAGCGAGGCAUCGUGUAUUGUAACAGGUGCACGCAAGCUGCUCGUUCUGGAGCUGCAUCAUUCCAAGACUGCCACACCAAUGCCGCAAUUAUGUCCCAUAAUCCUCGUGGUCAUACGCUUGGUAUUGUUGGCCUUGGAAACAUUGGUUACAACAUCGCCCGCAAAGCUCACCUGGCAUUCGGGAUGAAAAUCCUUUACUAUGAUAUUGUACGAAAGCCUUCCUUCCAAGAAGCAGACAUUGGAGCACAAUUCUUUACCAAUAUAGAUGAAAUGUUGGCACUUAGCGAUUGUGUAGUUCUCGCUACGCCUGCUUCUCCCGAUGGGAAAAAAUUUCUAGAUCGUCAAAGAUUGAGUAAAUUCAAGGAGAAGAGUCGAUUUGUGAAUAUUGCGAGAGGCGUCUUGGUGGAUGAAGAGGCACUGGCCGAUGCUGUCCAGUCCGGGAAGUUGGUGGGUGUAGGGUUGGAUGUUCAUGAGCAUGAACCUAGGGUAAAUGAGAGGUUAAAGGCUUCGAGGAAUGUUACACUCACUAGUCAUAAUGCUGGUGGAACACUUGAAACGCAUAUCGGUUUCGAGGAGUUAUCGAUGAAGAAUAUUGAUGCGGUUCUAAAGGGGAAGGCACCAUUGACACCAGUUAACAAGCAUUUAUUGAGGAGGGCGAAGCACAAUUUGUGA